AUGCUGCCUCGAGAAGCGAGAUGUGUACGCGUCCCAGUAUCGCGUUUCCUAAUGGGCACCUUAGUAGGUUGUCGCGCCGUCCUCCAUCUCCUCUGCCUCCUCGUCUUGUCUGCCUCUGCUUUACUUGUCUUUCUUCCUGUAAACGUCUGUCUACCUGCCAGUGGGCGACUGCUUCGCCAACACAGUGCUGCUUUCACUCCUAUCCACCUUGACUACAGCUGCUUCCCGACGUCUAGCCUCUCUUUUGCUUCCCGUGGGAUUCCGGAGGACGCCGCGGGGUCAAGAGUGGGGGUGUCGAGCCACCCUGAGACCACUUUUGCAUCCGGAGUCUCUCACUCUGCGCCGGAUAUCGACUUCGACUCUCUUGCGUGGCAGCGUUCACGGUACAGGCCUUCUGAGGCGUGCGCGUUCCUCUUCCCUCGCGUCCGCUGGGGUGGACAUCGGGUUCGAUCCCUGCCUGCUUCCUUGUCGCCGCGCGGGCUCUCUUUGGUAGCCAGCCCCCCCAGCCGGCCGGCGGCUGCUGCAGAGGAUGUGCCAAGAUGUCCGCGAUGGGUUUCCCUGUCCAGAAGGCACGCGGCGGAGAAGGCAGGAGCGGGAGAAGAGGCGGAUGAGGCGUCCGGGGCGCGUGGAGGCUCCGAUGGCUGGGCAGCCAGUGAGAGCUUUGCGUGCGCGACCAACGCAGGGAAAAGCCCUUUCCAGGAGCGGAGCGGCGAAGUUCCUCCCGAGUCAGAGAGUCACCCAAAUGCGGCACGAUUGCUCACUACUGCCCAGGAAAGUAGAAGAAGCGACUCGGGCGCGUCCAGCUCAUCCGACGCCAACGCGGAGGCGGCCGCAUCCCCGGAAGGACCCGCAUCUCAAAACUCGUCUUCGUCUUCUACUCUGCCGCCUCGGAUCUAUUCGUCCAUUCCAGAGAUCGUCGCGCCUCCUGGCCGCGCGUUCCCGUUUCCUCUGCCCCAGUUGUCUUCGAAACUCACAGGAGUCCCAGAUGCAGCAAAGCCGACCAAGGGCGGGCAGACUGAAGACGGCACUCCAUGUGCCACCGCGCCCUCAACUUCUGCGCUGCCUCGACCCUCUUUCCUCCGCCUGCUCCCUUACUACCCUCGCCAGGAUGCCCCUCCCGUCGACGACGGUCUUCUUGAGGAGAUUAUUUCGGCAAAGUCUCGAGAGGACCUCCAUGCGUCUCUGGAGAAGCUGCAGGACUCUAAGUACGUUGAAUGGCUGCUCACGCCGCAAGCAUUCCGCGAUACUGAGGGGUUUUUGGCUGACACGGAUUCAGCCGACCUUCGUGCUCGCUUUUCGGACGUGUACGAACAGCAGAAGGAACAACUGCAUCGGUGGCUGGAGGAGCUGCGCCGCCAGCCUGGCAGGCGCGUCCGCAUGCCCGCGGUGACCGAUGAAGAGAAAGAAAAGCUCCUCACCCUGAAGGUCCCGAAGCGCUUCGUCACGCGGCGCGACGAAAUGGUGGAGAAGCAAGAAGUCGCUCUAAAGUGGAAAGAAGGCCCCCUGGCUGCGGACCGCGAACUUAUUGACGCUGGCGGCCUCGGAGGUUUCGUGCGAGACCUCGAGAUCGACGCGUGGGCAGCUCUGUUCCCCGUGGGCGACUCGCGAUUCGGCCCCACGUCGGGAGCCGAGGCGGCGAGGAAGAGACUCGAACUUGCCACGCGGCUUCAGAUCCGGCAGUGGCGCGAGGAAGAAAGGCGAGCCGCGGACGCUGCAGGCUUGCGUGAACAGCAUCCUGGAGAGGAGGAGGGGGCUCGACGAACCCCCCGGGACGGAGGUGAACACCCUGUGCCCACGAAGGGAGUAACGGAAGAUCGAACCAAGGCGAAGGACUCUCAAAGAGCUGAGACUUCGGCGAGCGGCGACCGCGGACAGCUGAUGACCGCGCGAGUCCGGGAGGCCGCAGAAGCUCUGGCAAAACAGCAGAUGCUGGCGAGCAUGGGGCUGCCGCAUUCCGUCCAAGCCCUGGCGGCCCGUUACGGGCACGUCACUCCCGACAGUCCAGUCAUGGCCGCCCCAGAUGCAAGGAACGCGCUCCAGCUGCUACAGCGUGCCGUCAUGGACUCCGAGAGCUUUCUGCUGGGUCAUAUUCAUCGCGGCCUGCAGUCCGACCCAGACAUCGAGGUUGUUCGAACAAUUGUUCAGGCUCACCGCGAGAGGCAGGCGGCUCAGGGCCGCCCUCCCCCACGGACAGGGCACCCCGUGGAGUUCACGCCUGCAAUGUUCGAGGACUGGGAGGAGAGCGAGACACAGAAAGAUAUAAUGGCGGUUGCCGCUGAAGCAACCGUGAGGCGGCUUGAAGCAGCCCGGCGAAUAGUCGAGGGUCGCGACCCCGCGGCGGGUGCCGCUGCCACAGAGCCUGUCUCCCACAGGAAGGGAGAGAAGCCCGACGGGCGGCACGAAGUCAAAGACAGGAGGGCGGACCCUGAAGAAGCGGAAGACGGCGGCCGCAGACGUGAGGCCGACAGCCCUAGAAAAAAUCGCCUGGCGGAGAAAGUCGCAGAACGGGAAGGAGGACGGCAGGAAGAGCUGCCAGUUCCCGCUCGGCUUCUUCAGGGCGCUGCAGCAGCUGCGAGAGGUGGCAUUGGCGCAAGGGCCCUCGAAGCGGUUCGGUGGGUUCUUGCUGACGAAAUCAAAAAGGAAUAUCGCAGACAGGACAACGAGGAGUAUCACUCGAUGGUCAGGACUAUGGAGACCAAUGUCGUUCGAGCGAAGGAGGAAAGACGACAGGAGCUAGAAAGACUCAAAGAGGAAAUGCGCCUGCAGAGGCUGAGAGAUGAUGCCGCGGCGGCGGCAGAGCAGUCAGGAGGCGAAAGCACGAGGAGAGGAGCAGGCGAGAAAACACAGCAAGGUGGGUCGCAGUCCGCGGCAGAACGGGGACAAGCGGCAGGGGGGGCGGCCUCGGACCGGAAGACAUUUGUGCCCACUCACGAGGAGGAGGUGGUAGCGAGGCUGAGGGCACUCUCGAAAGACCUAGGGGAAGCGUCUGGCCUCUUUCAGUUCGAGAACGAUGAGGCAGACGUCCUAUCCGGUCAGAGCCUUGAGGCAUCCAAGGGCUCGGACGUCGCCGCGUUGGAGCCAAGGAAAAAAGAUGUCGUUCUGCAGGCACAGGAGAACGGGGUUCCCGCGACAGAUGGAACAGGUAGGGGCAACGCCCCGGGGCCUCUUGCGCAGACGGGCCCUACGGCGUCACUUCCGGUGUCUGACAUUUUUGCCGAGAUGGAGGAGGCGAUGCGAGUAGAAUGGAGACGCCACCUGGGGCAUCCGUGUCUCAGAGUCUUUCCUGGACAGCUCGUCAAGGGCCGAAUCGUCAAGGUGACACCUUCCUUUGCCUACGUUCAUGUCGGUUACGUAUGCGAGGGAGAGCUGAGACUCGAUGAGGUCCUCUUGGAGGACGAGGAGGCCCCAAAGAAGGGCCUCAAAGCCUUCUUUUCGGUUGGGGACGAGGUCUUCUGCGAGGUUGUGAAAGUCAGCCACGGGGAGCUGAUUCUUUCUCUGCAAACGCUUCGUCGUAUCGCUGCUUGGGAGCAGCUCCUGGCGCUACAAAGGGAGGAUCGGCCUCUGAAAGCAACUGUCCUCCAUGCGCACAGAGGCGGGUUGGUCGUCCGCGUGCUCGGACUCCGGGGCUUCCUGCCCACAUCGCAGCUGCCCAGUGCUGUGAAGUCCGGCCCGCACCUUGUGGGGGCCCAGCUCCCUGUCGCACUGCUUCAGGCAGAUGUAGAGAGACAGCGACUGCUGGUCAGUAGUCGCCUCGUCCACAUUCGCGAGCAGAUGAAACGUAUCAAGCCUGAUCAAGUCGUUGAAGGAGAAGUCGUGGCGAUCCACCCUUUCGGCGUCCUGGUCCAGUUCGGCGAAUGCCGCGGUCUGCUUCACCUCAGCGAGAUCUCAGCAGCGCGCGUAGAAAGAUUGGAGGAAAUUCUGCCUCUUGGCUCUCCAGUCCGAGCUCUCGUCCUUCAUUACGACAAGCCGACGGGCAAGAUAGCUUUGACAACGAAGCUCUUGGAGCGUUACCCAGGCGAGAUGGUGAGAGACCCGCAAGCUGUCUUCGCGGCCGCCGUGCAGACGGCCGAAACGUAUGCACUGCGGAAACGCGAAGAAAAGACCGCGCGGCGCAACGCAGCUCAGCAGCUCAUCGCUGCCCUAGGUCUCGACCCCGCCUCGGCUCUCGGGGCUGGCGCGGAGGGGCCAACCGGCCCGGACGCGGGCGACGAGGACACGGAGGAGAUUGACACGAGCUAUGCGCGAAGCUACGCUUCGGAUGAAGCAGGCAGUCAACGUUCUCUGUGGCGAGGGAUGAGAGGCGACGAUAGCAAGGUGAUGGCUCUGCUCUCCAGGAAGCUAUUAGAGAAAGCUGCGACUAGACGUCGGAAACUCGGCGGCGACGGGGGCAAGACCAAGUUUGCGUUCGACGAGGAAGAGGACGGCCCUCCGGGAAUCGAUCUCUUCCGUGCAGAGAGGGAAAAAGUCUUGGAGGCUGUGAAGGCGUCAGGCAUUGAGCUAAAGGGAGCCUGGAACGUACCGUCUGUGUUUGAGGCAGACUGGGAAACCGAACAGUGGCUAUUCGAGUGA